GAAAAUAACUAUUUACUACAAUAUCAAUAUCAAUAUUAUUAAUUAAUAAAGAAAACCUCUCCACUUUCUUCCUCGUCUUUAAACCGCUAUUUUUCGCCGCCGUGUGGACGCCGUACACUCCUACCAUCUCCCCACUGUUCACCACGCUCCGUCAAUCUCACCUACCCUCUCAACAGCUACUUCUAUUCGACUAUGUUUUCCAGCUUCUAAUGCUCACAACCACCAUCAACCACCACCAAUUAUACCGUGAGCCCUUUUCGUUUUAACCGCUGUCUACUGGCUCCGUUUCUUUGUAAUGAAUGAGGUUUUCCAUUCGUAAAGGAGAGGGCAAACAGAAGAACGAGAAUGGCCGAGGUGGAUCAGCUGUUGUCCAAGAAAGUAGCCGAUCGUUACCUGAAACGCGAGGUCCUCGGUGAAGGCACAUAUGGCGUCGUUUACAAAGCUAUCGAUACUAAGACAGGGCAAACAGUUGCCAUCAAGAAGAUUCGGCUUGGGAAGCAGAAGGAAGGGGUGAACUUCACAGCUUUGAGAGAAAUUAAAUUGCUUAAGGAGCUUCACGGCCCAAAUAUAAUUGAGCUGAUUGAUGCAUUCCCUCAUAAGGGGAACUUGCACCUUGUGUUUGAGUUCAUGGAGACAGAUCUGGAAGCUGUUAUUCGUGAUAGAAAUAUAUUUCUCUCGCCGGCUGAUAUCAAGUCGUACAUUCAAAUGACUCUGAAGGGUCUUGCAUUUUGCCAUAAGAAAUGGGUCCUGCAUAGGGAUAUGAAACCAAACAACUUGCUGAUUGGACCUGGAGGGCAACUUAAACUAGCUGAUUUUGGAUUAGCCCGUAUAUUUGGGAGCCCAGACCGAAGAUUCACACACCAGGUUUUCGCUAGAUGGUACAGAGCACCGGAGCUGCUGUUUGGUGCCAAACAGUAUGGUCCAGGUGUGGAUGUUUGGGCUGCAGCAUGUAUAUUUGCUGAACUACUUCUUCGUCGGCCUUUUCUGCAGGGAAACACUGAUAUGGAUCAACUAGGAAAAAUCUUUGGUGUUUUUGGGACCCCGAAGAGAUCACAAUGGCCAGAUAUGGUGUAUCUUCCCGAUUAUUUGGAGUACCAAUAUGCUCCUGCUCAACCAUUGCGCACAUUAUUUCCCACGGCAAGCGAUGAUGCUUUGGACCUCUUAGGGAAGAUGUUUAUGUACGAUCCAAAAGCAAGAAUUUCAGCACAGCAGGCUUUGGAGCACCGUUACUUUACUUCCACCCCUCUACCUACUGAACCUGCUAUGCUUCCGAGACCUCCUCCAAAGAAGGAUGCCAUCAAUCCAAAGGUCCCAGACCUUAAUCCUCUGGAGGGCCCCACAGUGUUGUCUCCUCCAAGAAAGCAAAGAAGGGUAAUGCCUAAUCGUGAGGCAUUUGAUGUGAGUGCUCGGCAGAUGGCUAAUACGGAAGACCUUGGGAACGGGAUAAGACAGACAGGCGAGGAGAGGGGUGGACAAGCUCCAAUGUCUCUGGAGUUCUCCGCUUUAGGAGAGGGGUAUCCAAAUAGACCAACAAUUUCUAGUGCUGACAGAUCACAUUUAAAGAGGAAACUUGAUCUUGAAUUUCAACUGCCUGAAGACGAUGACUAAUUUACAGACAAGUAUCACCUUGUUUUCGAGAUUUUCGCACCAUAUUGUAGUAAAUCGCCCUGCUGAGGUUUUCUGAUUAAUUGAGGAAAUGGUGCCAGCUGCUUAAAGGAGUAAUUAACAAAUAGUUUAUGUAUCCCUUACAAUAUAGCAGAUCCCAAGUAAAAAAGAGCAAAACAAUUGUUAUUUCUUGCAGUUAAACAUUUGUAUGUGGUUUGGAUAUGUUAAUUGCAUGAGAAUUGUGUAUUAUUCUAAUGAGUUGUGAGAGGUUUACGAAUUGUUUGCGGCAACAUUUGAAAUUUUUAAAAUUUAUAAAACCAUGAUUCUUGCAUGUUCCUGGUGGCUGUAUGUGUUAAAAUUAAACGUGCAGUUUGACCUGUAAUAAAUUUUCAUUGAUUUUAUAUAUA